UGCUGUGUGUGGGGUGUGUGUGUGUGUGCUUAACUCUCUUUAACAGGAAGUGGUUUCAUUGUGUUUUCCUCCUUGCUUAUUUUCUGUUGCUUCAGGCAAAGGGAGCUUUGUAGCCUUCAGAUACGUAACCGUUUCAUGCUUUCCACUUUGUUUUUAAAAGCUGCAAUUGGAUAUUGGUACGGUGGAUAAGAAGUUGAUGUGUAGCAAUCUGUAGGUUGACAUAAUAAUCAUGCAUAGGUUAGUGGCUUCUGAUACCAGUGCUGAAAAGCUGCAUCCUUCCCAUGAAAGCACAGGUGUUGUUCAGAUGAGGGUCAAAAGUGCCAACAGCCCCUAUGACAGACACAGCCAAAGCAAAUCUAUGAUACUGUCUGAUAAUCCAAAAGUCAUCGAACCCAUAUCUCGUCAUAGAAGGAAUCAUUCCCAACAUAAUUUAACACUUUCUGAGUUCAUCAGCCCACUGGAGCAAAUGGUAAUCAAAGAAGGGUAUCUUCUAAAAGCUAAAAUUGCAGAUGGAGGCAAGAAGCUAAGGAAAAACUGGACUUCCUCUUGGCUUGUUCUCACUGGUCAGAAAAUAGAAUUUUACAAAGAAUCCAAACAGCCAGCUGUGGCUAAUCUGAAAGCAGGGUAUAAACCUGAGUGGGCAGAUUUGUGUGGAGCUCACAUUGAAUGGACUAAAGAGAAAUCUAGCAAAAAGAAUGUCUUCCAGAUCACAACAGCAUCAGGAAAUGAGGUCCUUCUUCAAUCAGACAUUGACUUCAUCAUACUGGAUUGGUUCAAUGCUAUCAAAAAUGCAAUUGACAGAUUGCCCAAAGAGAAAAGUAACAUGUCAAGGAACAAUGAGUUCAAGAUCCCAAGAUCCUCUAGCUCUGAACUGAUGAGCAGCUUUGAGGCUGAAUCUAAGGAGCCAAAGGCAGAAAACAGAAGGUCUUUGAUUUUCAGGCUGAACUACAGCAUUUCUGAUACAACUGACAGAAACCGAGUUAAAAGCAGAUUAAAGAAGUUUAUCAAUCGAAGACCUUCACUAAAAACUUUGCAAGAAAAGGGGAUAAUUAAAGAUCAAGUUUUUGGUUCCUCUUUACACAAAGUGUGUGAAUAUGAUGGCUCCACAGUCCCUAAGUUUGUUAAAAUGUGCAUCAAAGCUGUUGAAGAACGAGGUCUGGAUGUUGAUGGAAUAUACAGAGUCAGCGGCAAUCUGGCAAUGAUACAGAAGUUGCGUUUUGUUGUCAAUCAUGAAGAGAAGCUGAAUUUGGACGACAGCCAGUGGGAGGACAUCCACGUUGUCACCGGAGCACUCAAGAUGUUUUUCAGAGAGCUGCCUGAGCCACUGUUCCCAUACUGCUUCUUUGAACAGUUUGUGGAGGCAAUAAAAAUCCAAGACAACAACAAUAGAGUGAAAUCCAUAAAAGACCUUGCGCAGAAGCUCCCCAGACCAAACUAUGACACCAUGAAAAUAUUAUUUGAACACUUGCAAAAGAUAGCAGCCAAAGAGAACAUGAAUCUUAUGUCACAUCAAAGUUUAGGAAUUGUUUUUGGACCUACGCUCCUUCGACCUGAAAAAGAGACAGGAUCCAUGGCGGUGCACCUGCUGUACCAAAACCAGAUAGUUGAGCUAAUGCUAAGUGAAUACUCCAAGAUCUUCGGCUCCGAGAAAGACUGACAGACAGAGAAUGUUACUGAAUAUAUUCACAUCUGUCUUGAUAUCUAAUAUUUUUACAUUUCUGUAAACAUCUUUCUGAAAUAUUUCUUUUUCCUUCAAGUGACAGAUGCCUCAUUUUGUGAAAACUUAAUGAUGAUUUUGUCUUUAAAUUUCCAAACAUUGGAAUAAAAAUAUAUUGUCAACAUUUGCUUAUAUGUACUAGCAUUAACCCUUUGCAUGAGUCAUUCUCUGCCAGCACACUCCCCAGGGCUUUGCCAUUUUGCAUGUCUUCAUUUUACAGCUGGGAUUUGAGAAUACGACCAAAUCCCAAUGAAAUAUUGCUUAGAGACAUAUGCAGUGGCACUCUCAGACAAGCAGGGUUGGAGGUUAAUGGAUUUAAAUUGGCCUUUGGAACAAACAAAUUGGUAUACUGAUACAGUCUAUCACUUAGAAUUAUUUUUAGUGUACAUACCUGUUAUUGUGUGGAAAAUUAUAAACACAUGAUGAAUGCUACUUCUUGCUGAAUAGACAAAGGUUCAAAACAUUGUCAUAGAUUUUCAAAUACCCAUAACAAAAAUUCAGUCUAAAUCAUCACAGCUUGGAGUAUUGUAAACAUUCUGUUUGCAAACUUAAGGAUGAAAUUAAUCUCUGACCCUUGUUAUUUCAAAUGAAGCAGCAGCAGCAGUGCAUCAGAUACCCAACUGCUCAUUUUGAAUGCAACAUCCAUGUUGAAUUUCCAUCAGUUUAUACGACUUUGCUCUUUCCCUAGCUAUGUCAUGUUUUGUAGAAUUUUUAUUAUUCUCCCGAAGAUGCUUUAUUGGUGAACUGCAUUAAAUUCAUCUAGAAAUAACUUUUUAAAAAGCGUUUUCAUAUGCCCUUAGGAUUACUUGGCUAGACUUGAAUCAGUUUAUACAUUUGAUGGUUAGUUUCAGUUGUCAUGGAUAAACAAAAGGGUAACUGUCUAGAAUAUAACAAAUAUUGUUUUAUUCUGAAAUGUAUGUUUCCAGCUAUACACAUCUCCUACCCUGUUUUGUAAAAGUAUUCCACUGAUAAAAUGUAGUCUUAUGUUUGACAGCUUUUUAAUCAAGUUCAAAGAGAAUAAACAAAACUAAUCCAGUGUGGUAAAA